AUGCCACCAAAGAGUGCCCAAGAUUCCUCCGCAAUGCCCGAAGCCCAAGGCUUAAAAUAUGACGAAUCAGAGAUGACUCUCUUCCAUGCCAAAUUAUCUUAUCACUCGACAAUUGAGGAGCGUAUGAAUUCGAAGGACAAUAACUUGGCGUCCAUAACAGAGGCACAAGGAAAACUGUUGAAGAGAUGGGAGCUGUUAAGGCAGACUGAGAAAGAGCUAGCUGAACAGGGCAGAAGCCUUACUCCGGCUGAUAAAACAUUGUUGGCACAGUUAGCAUGGCGAUAUAAAGAGCUGGAGAAAGCAGCUACGAAUGGUUGA